AUGGAGACGUAUACUACUUGGUAUCAUCAUGGAGAACGAUUAGACCAAGCUUCGUCUUCAUACGUGACACGAGUGGAGACUGUUGAAUCUAAUGUGGAUCCUAAUGAACAAGUUAUGAAUAUUCUAAAUGACGUUUAUCCAUAUGCCUCGAGUAACACCAAUCAGGAAGGGGGAGAUGACGGUUGUCCAACCAUGGAUAGUGAGGCAUUCAAAAACUAUGAAAAACUAUUGAAAAAUGCGAAGCAAGAAUUAUAUCCGGGUUGCGAGAACUUUUCGGUGCUCACAGCAAUUGUGGAGUUGAUGCAUGAUGGAGAGGCAUGGAAAGCAUUCGAUCGGAUGUACCCUGAUUUUGCAGCUAACCCGCGCAACGUCAGAUUGGGACUUGCCAUUGACGGAUUUUAUCCGUUCGGGGUUUUAAAUCAAAUCCACAGCACUUGGCCGGUUGUCGUAUUUCCUUAUAAUCUGCCGCCUUGGAAGUGCAUGAAAAAAGAAUACAUGAUGUUGACUCUAUUAAUUACUGAAGAUCCAGGAAAGUCCAUUGAUGUUUAUUUGCGGCCGUUGGUUGAUGAGCUAAAAGAUUUAUGGGAAAACGGUGUUUGUACGUACGAUAAGUAUACUGGGCAAAUGUUUACCAUGCGAGCGGCAGUGAUGUGGACAGUAAACGAUUUUCCCGCAUAUGCAAUGGUUUCUGGGUGGAUGACUAAGGGUUAUUUGGCAUGUCCAAUAUGCAAGGAGAACGUAACAUCUUCUUGGCAUGCAAGAAAAGUUUGUUAUCUUGGUCAUCGUAGAUGGCUUCCUUGGGACAACGAGUGGCGUCAGAACGAUAAAGCUUUCCAUGGCACAAAAGAGACUCAGCCAAGACCAAGAGAAUGGUCCGAAGAUGAGAUUUUGGAUCAAUUAAACUGUUUGGAAUUUGGUCAUUUCGGCAAAGGGAUCAGUAAGCCUAGACCAACUACACAUCUGAACUGGACGCACAAGAGUAUGUUAUUUGAGCUCCCGUACUGGUCAAAGUUAAAAAUGAGACACAACCUCGAUGUUAUGCAUAUUGAGAAAAAUGUGUUUGAUACUUUGGUCGGGACAAUUCUAGACAUUGAAGGAAAAACGAAGGACACGAUCGAAGCUCGCCUCGAUUUGGAACGAAUGGGCAUUAGGUCAUCCUUGUGGAUGAAGAGAGUUGGUGGUACAUUGAAGAAAGGCCAUCCUUUUUUUACAGUUAAGCCGAAUGGGAAAAAAGAGUUUUUCAACUUUAUUUCUUCUAUAAAGUUUCCAGAUGGGUAUGCUUCUAAUAUCUCGCGUUGCGUGAACAUGAGGGGGUGUAAAUUUUCAAACAUGAAGAGUCAUGACUGUCAUGUGAUACUACAACGCCUUCUUCCGGUUGGUAUUCGACACUUAUUGCCUCUUGAUGUGGUGAAACCAAUCGUGUUGUUGUCGAGAUUUUUUUCGCAAUUGACUGCAAGGUGUUUGCGGAAGUCGGAUGUUAAACAAUUGCAGGACGAGAUUGUGAACGUUUUAUGCAAGUUCGAACAGAUAUUUCCCCCAGCUUUCUUUACAAGUAUGAUUCACGUGAUGAUUCACUUGCCAGAUGAGGCAUUGCUUGCCGGACCAGUGAACUGUCGAUGGAUGUAUCCAAUAGAAAGAUAUCUUGGUGAGUUGAAAAAGUGUGUUCGAAACAGGGCAAAGCCCGAAGGAUCACUUGUGGAGGCAUGGGUCGCAUAUGAGUCACUUACUUUUUGUGCAAUGUAUCUUGAAGAUGUUGAGACAACUUUCAAUCGUCCUCAACGCAAUAAUGACGGUGGUGUCAGAAAAGAGAAACUGUCUAUUUUUGCCCAAAUUGCACGACCAUUCGGCGAUCGUGUAAAAGGUGAAUCAUUUACCAAAAAGAACAUGGAGAUAGCACAUUGGUUCAUACUUAACAAUUGUGAUGAUGCUUUGCCAUACCUUGAAGAGCAUGAACAAUUGAUGAAGCGGGAACAUCCUUCACAUUUAUAUGCCAAGAAGCACCGUGAUUUGUUUCCUUCAUGGUUUCACACACAUAUGAACAAAUUGAAGGCCUUGAAUUCACCCUCUUACGAUGAAGAAUUAUAUAACUUGGUGAGAUGA